CACACACACACGGAGGCAGUAGCGUCGCUGACAGCUCACAACUGUGGAGCACUUCAGCCAGGCAACAGCCAUGACAUGCAGAUAGAUCACCCUCAUCAGCACCACCAUCUUCAUCAUCACCCUUGUCAUCCUCCUCUUCUUCCUUCUGCUGUAGUGUGGUUUAAUGGGGCUCCUGAGGACCGUGAUGCCGCCCAAGUUUCAGCUCCUGGCUCUGGUGCUUUUUGCGCUGGUCAUGAUCUUCAUCGAGAACCAGAUCCGCAAACUGGAGGAGUCCCGAGCAAAGCUGGAGCGCACUAUGGCCAGGUUCGAGCUUCGUGAGGUGGAGCAAAGACAGAAUCAUGACACAGUUCGUGAAUCCCCUGCGCUCUCUGAAAGCGAUGAUUUGCUCAUCAUCUACAACCGUGUGCCCAAAACUGGCAGCACAUCCUUCACAAACAUCGCCUAUGACCUCUGUGCAAAGAACCGCUACCACGUUCUGCAUAUCAAUACCACCAAGAACAAUCCAGUCAUGUCCCUGCAGGAUCAGGUGAGGUUUGUUCGGAACGUGACUUCCUGGAAUGAGAUGAAACCAGGGUUUUACCACGGACAUGUAGCAUACCUGGAUUUCUCUAAGUUUAGUGUGAAAGCAAAGCCCAUCUACAUUAAUGUAGUGCGUGACCCUAUUGAGCGCCUGGUGUCCUACUACUACUUCCUGCGCUUUGGAGACGACUACAGACCCGGCCUGAGGCGGAGAAAACAAGGAGACAAAAAGACGUUUGAUGAGUGUGUGGCUUCAGGGGGAUCUGACUGCGCUCCAGAGAAACUCUGGCUACAGAUUCCAUUUUUUUGCGGCCAUUCCUCCGAGUGCUGGAACGUAGGUAGUCGCUGGGCUCUGGAGCAGGCCAAGUAUAACCUGGUGAACGAGUAUCUGCUGGUGGGAGUUACAGAGGAGCUGGAGGACUUUAUCAUGAUGUUGGAGGCAGCACUUCCACGUUUCUUCAGAGGAGCCACUGAUCUCUACCGCACAGGUAAGAAGUCCCACCUGAGGAAGACAAGCGAGAAGAAGCCUCCGACCAAAGAGUCCAUCUCCAAGCUGCAGCAGUCAGACGUGUGGAAGAUGGAGAACGAAUUCUACGAGUUUGCGCUCGAGCAGUUCCAGUUCGUCCGUGCUCACGGUGUCAGAGAGAAGGACGGAGAGCUGUUUGUGCUGUCGCAGAACUUCUUCUACGAGAAGAUCUACCCAAAGGUUAACUGAAACAGGAGAGAGCAGCCAUGACUUUUAACCUCUGUAUUUUCCAUCUUCACCACGGAGGAGGACAAGGAGAAGAGAAAUGAACGCUUCGAGUAGGAAAUGCCGUCUAUGGAAAUAGAAAAAGAGCUGUUUGUGAUUUAUUACCUCCUCAGUCAUAGUACAGUGGAAAUUCUACUGUAUGUACGUUAUACAGUAACACUGUUUAUUGUAGAGAUGGAGAAUAUUUAAACUAUGCCGUGAGCGGUGAAUACAGGAACUCUGAUAUCCAGUGCUCUUCUUUCUCAGACUUCAUGGCAGCCUGGAUACAUUUAUCACACAUGAGCAAAAAAAAGUUUCAAAUAAAUUAUUUAGACUCCCUAAAAAGAGAUAAAGGGUACAUUGAAAGGGAAACUCAACAGGGUGAAACAUGGGGCUACUUUUUUUGUACCAGCGGCACAUUUAAACACAUUCUCAACUCUUUUUUCCCUCCUCUUUGGCAUUGUGCGUUUUUUUAUAAUCGAUUGCCGUGUACAGUGUUUAGCUUGAGUAUUAUACCCCAAUAAAAGGUCAAGUAGAACUCAGAAAUAAUGUACAUAAUGCCUGUUUUACACAGACGGACUAAGAGAAAGCAAGUCAUAGACGUUGACCGUCAUCUUUGGAGUGCUGAGAGGAAUAAAAGAAGGAAAAGAAGAUGCAGUACUUGAAAUAUUGUGCUUCACAAUCCCAGUUUUUUUUUCUGAUAGUUUUUCAAUGUGGCUUUAAGGCAAAGGAUUUUCAAUGGACCACUGAAGAAAAAAAUCAAGUAACCUGGGUAAUUAUCAUCAGUGUGCAAAUAGUGUGGUCAACUGAUUUCUGAAGAAGAAUGUGUCUGCCUUUAGUUUGGACUGUGGUCCUGUAGCUCCUCAGAGGAACACUAACUGAACACUCUGAUGACCUUUGUGGAGAUCUUGUGCUUGUUGGCAGCUCUGGAUUGUCGAAAACAACUAAAUGUUUCCCCCUUAAUUUUGGUGUUUUUGCUACUGUUUCUGUAAAGAUGUGCUGCUCAGAGAGGAGUCUGAGUACAGAGAGAUUUAACAGCCAGGAGCAGAAUUUACUGGAAAUCAUCUGAGUGCCACUAUUUCCCAUCCUGUCACACACACACACACACACACACACACACACACACACACAGAUCCUAACUAGCUCCAUGUUCAAUAGUGCCUUCAUAACCAUAACGGUCAGCGCUCAUUCUCUCAAUGGUCAACAUCAUCACUCACUUUUCUAGGCCAUGUGUUUUUUCAGAUACCAGCUUUCUUUUCAAUUUUCUGUUUUUAAUGUUUUCUUGGUGAAAAAUGGUCUUUAAAGCAUUUUAAUAAAUCCUGAACUGUCGUUGA